UUUUCUUUUUUUCACCGCAGUGCCGCAGUGUCACAACAAAGUCCUCCUUUGCUUUCCUCGCUCUCUCUCUUUCCCUGUCUGUCGCAGAGAGAGAGUUCAUUCCCGGAUCUCACUCUCUGGAUCCACGCACAGGGUAUGCUUCAGCCAAGUUAUUGUGCCUCCUCUAUUUAGCAAACUGGUAGACACUGAUAGAAAUUGGUUUGUGAACAAAGAAUCUUGUACAGAUAUGGGUCGCUUAAAGCUGCAAUCCGGAAUUAAGGCAAUUGAGGAAGAACCUGAAGAAUGUGACUCUUCCUACGCUAACAAGGCUACUUUAGCAUGUAUGAUUAAUGCGGAAGUAGGUGCAGUAUUGGCGGUCAUGAGAAGAAAUGUAAGAUGGGGAGGUCGUUAUAUUUCUGGUGAUGAUCAGCUAGAGCACUCUUUGAUUCAGUCUUUGAAGGCAUUGCGGAAACAGAUAUUCUCAUGGCAGCAUCCAUGGAAUACCAUCAAUCCUGCUGUGUAUCUCCAACCAUUUCUGGAUGUGAUUCGAUCAGAUGAAACUGGUGCUCCAAUCACUGGGGUUGCUUUGUCAUCUGUUUACAAGAUUUUAACUCUUGAUGUGAUUGAUCAAAACACUGUAAAUGUUGAAGAUGCUAUGCACUUGGUAGUUGAUGCAGUGACAAGUUGCCGAUUUGAGGUGACCGAUCCAGCAUCAGAAGAGGUGGUGCUAAUGAAGAUACUUCAGGUUCUUCUAGCUUGUAUGAAAAGUAAAGCUUCGGUCACACUUAGUAAUCAACAUGUCUGUACCAUAGUGAACACUUGUUUCCGUAUAGUUCACCAAGCAGGAACUAAAGGUGAGUUGUUACAGCGUAUAGCUCGGCACACAAUGCAUGAACUUGUUAGGUGCAUUUUUUCACACCUGCCAGAUGUUGACGACACAGAGCAUGCACUGGUUAAUGGAGUUAGUCCUGCCAAACAGGAGAUUGCUGGUCUAGAUAAUGAUUACACUUUCGGGAGCAAACAAAUAGAAAAUGGCAGUAGUUCUGAGUUGGAUGGUCAAACAUCCUCUGUUAGCUAUGGUUCGAGUGCUUCCACAGGUCUGGUGGCAACUGUAAUGGAAGAAAGUACUAUUGGAGGUAGUAGUGGAAAGGAUGCCCUUCCAUAUGAUUUGCACCUUAUGACAGAGCCAUAUGGUGUCCCCUGCAUGGUGGAGAUAUUUCACUUCUUGUGUUCUUUAUUAAAUGUUGCUGAACAUAUGGGAAUGGGUCCCAGAUCUAAUACAAUAGCAUUUGAUGAAGAUGUACCCCUUUUUGCUUUGGGCUUAAUUAAUUCAGCUAUUGAAUUGGGUGGGCCUUCUAUUCGUCGUCAUCCCAGGUUACUGAGUUUGAUCCAGGAUGAAUUAUUUCGUAAUCUGAUGCAGUUUGGCUUGUCAAUGAGCCCACUAAUUCUCUCAAUGGUUUGUAGUAUUGUUCUCAACCUUUAUCACCAUCUGCGUACUGAACUCAAAUUGCAGCUUGAGGCUUUCUUCUCUUGUGUCAUUCUGAGACUUGCACAGAGCAAAUAUGGUGCUUUAUACCAACAGCAAGAGGUUGCUAUGGAGGCUCUUGUAGACUUCUGCAGGCAGAAAACAUUUAUGGUCGAGAUGUAUGCUAAUUUGGAUUGUGACAUAACAUGCAGUAAUGUGUUUGAAGACCUAGCUAAUUUGUUGUCAAAGAAUGCAUUUCCGGUAAACUGCCCUUUGUCUGCAAUGCACAUUCUUGCUUUGGAUGGUCUCAUAGCUGUUAUUCAGGGGAUGGCUGAAAGGAUAGGCAAUGGAUCAGUUAAUUCAGAACAGGCACCAGUGAACCUUGAGGAGUAUACACCCUUCUGGAUGGUGAAGUGUGACAACUAUAGUGAUUCUAAUCACUGGGUUCCCUUUGUCCGCCGGAGAAAGUAUAUUAAGAGAAGAUUGAUGAUUGGAGCUGAUCACUUUAACCGUGAUCCAAAGAAAGGCCUAGAAUUUCUCCAAGGAACACAUCUCUUGCCUGACAAACUUGACCCUCAAAGUGUGGCCUGCUUUUUCAGGUAUACUGCUGGGUUAGAUAAGAAUCUUGUUGGGGAUUUCCUGGGCAAUCAUGAUGAGUUUUGUGUUCAAGUUCUUCAUGAAUUUGCUGGGACAUUUGAUUUCCAAGGCAUGAACUUGGACACUGCUCUGCGGCUGUUCUUGGAAACUUUUAGAUUGCCUGGAGAAUCUCAAAAAAUACAAAGGGUGCUUGAGGCAUUUUCUGAGAGAUACUAUGAGCAAUCGCCACAGAUCCUAGCUAACAAGGAUGCUGCUCUUUUGUUAUCUUAUUCUCUCAUAAUGCUUAACACAGAUCAGCAUAAUGUGCAGGUGAAGAAAAAGAUGACAGAAGAGGAUUUUAUCCGGAAUAAUAGGCACAUCAAUGGAGGCAAUGACUUACCUCGAGAAUUCCUGUGUGAAUUGUACCACUCAAUUUGUAAGAAUGAGAUACGGACAACUCCAGAACAAGGAGCUGGUUUCCCUGAAAUGACCCCAAGUCGUUGGAUUGAUCUAAUGCACAAAUCCCAGAAAACUGCUCCAUUUAUUGUAUCUGAUUCAAGAGCCUACCUUGACCAUGACAUGUUUGCUAUAAUGUCAGGUCCCACAAUUGCUGCUAUCUCUGUUGUGUUUGAUCAUGCAGAACAUGAGGAUGUUUACCAGACAUGUAUUGAUGGAUUCUUAGCUGUAGCAAAAAUUUCAGCAUGUCAUCAUCUUGAAGAUGUAUUGGAUGAUCUAGUUGUUUCUCUAUGUAAGUUCACAACCCUCUUGAAUCCAUCAUCUGUUGAAGAACCUGUGCUAGCCUUUGGUGAUGACACAAAAGCCAGGAUGGCGACUGUGACUGUUUUUACCAUUGCAAAUAGAUAUGGUGAUUAUAUUCGCACAGGUUGGAGAAAUAUUCUGGAUUGCAUUCUACGGUUGCACAAGCUUGGUCUUCUGCCAGCACGUGUAGCCAGUGAUGCCGCUGAUGAAUCUGAGGUUUCUGCUGACCCUGGGCAUGGGAAACCUAUCACAAAUUCUCUGUCUUCAGCUCAUAUGCAAUCCAUGGGAACUCCAAGACGAUCUUCUGGAUUGAUGGGUCGGUUUAGUCAGCUCUUAUCUCUUGACACUGAGGAGCCAAGAUCGCAACCCACUGAACAACAACUUGCUGCUCAUCAACGUACCCUGCAGACCAUCCAAAAAUGCCAUGUUGACAGCAUAUUUACAGAGAGUAAGUUCUUGCAAGCUGAAUCUUUAUUGCAGCUUGCACGAGCACUCAUCUGGGCAGCAGGGCGUCCCCAGAAAGGAAACAGCUCCCCAGAGGAUGAAGAUACUGCAGUUUUCUGCCUGGAGUUGCUGAUUGCAAUUACUCUGAACAACAGGGACAGGAUUGUUCUAUUGUGGCAGGGUGUUUAUGAGCACAUAGCUAACAUUGUUCAAUCAACUGUAAUGCCUUGUGCCUUAGUAGAGAAGGCUGUGUUUGGACUCCUCCGGAUUUGCCAGCGGCUGCUGCCAUACAAAGAGAACUUGGCUGAUGAACUUUUGAGGUCAUUGCAACUUGUUUUGAAACUUGAUGCCCGUGUUGCUGAUGCUUACUGUGAACAAAUUACACAGGAAGUCAGUCGCCUUGUGAAAGCAAACGCUACGCACAUCAGAUCUCUAAUGGGAUGGCGUACAAUUACAUCACUACUUUCCAUCACAGCUCGGCACCCUGAAGCUUCUGAAGCUGGAUUUGAUGCGUUGUUGUUCAUAAUGAGUGAUGGAGCUCACUUGUUACCUGCCAAUUAUGUCCUCUGUGUUGAUGCAGCCAGGCAGUUUGCAGAGUCUCGUGUGGCACAAGCAGAAAGGUCUGUGCGUGCACUAGAUCUAAUGGCAGGUUCUGUUGAUUGUUUAACUCGGUGGUCUCAUGAGGCUAAGGAAGCAAUGGAGGAGGAGGAAGCUGCAAAGUUGUCACAGGAUAUUGGGGAGAUGUGGCUGAGGCUUGUGCAGGGACUAAGAAAAGUUUGUUUGGAUCACAGAGAAGAUGUUAGAAACCAUGCACUUUUAUCAUUGCAAAAGUGCUUGACAGGAGUGGAUGGGAUCAAUCUGCCACAUGGUUUGUGGUUACAGUGUUUUGAUCUGGUAAUCUUUACGAUGCUUGACGACUUGCUGGAAAUUGCUCAGGGACACUCCCAAAAAGAUUACAGAAACAUGGAUGGCACACUAAUAAUUGCUGUAAAGCUCCUUUCAAAAGUGUUUUUACAGUUACUACAUGAACUUGCACAGUUAACUACUUUCUGUAAAUUAUGGCUGGGGGUGCUCAGCCGAAUGGAAAAAUAUCUAAAAGUCAAAGUAAAAGGGAAGAAGAGUGAGAAGCUUCAGGAAGUAGUGCCUGAGCUGCUUAAGAACACCUUGCUAGUGAUGAAGACUAAGGGAGUACUGGUACAGAGGAGUGCCUUAGGUGGGGAUAGCUUGUGGGAGCUGACAUGGCUGCAUGUGAAUAACAUUGCUCCAUCUUUACAAUCUGAGGUGUUCCCUGAUCAACACUGGGAGCAGUCCCAGCAUAAGCAGGGCGAAACUGGUGGAAGUCUGGUGUCCGAUGAAACAGGUGCUGUUCCUUCAAAUGGAUCAUUACCUUCUGAAGGUUCUGGCACUGGGGGUUAACAUGUACACACAGUUUUCAUCAUCCUGUAUUAUGUUUUUUUGACGCAUAUAGCUGAGAUUUCAUGUCAAGUCACCAGAAUUAACUGGGGUAGUGGUAGAGAUUGAGGAAAGUCCUGGUAUCAGCUCGGCUCAAUAGAAAGUAGUCAUCAUGGUAAAUGUCCUUGUUUAGAGAUAUGAAUUUGUGACCCUAUAUUCCUCCUCCUAUUAGUGCUCCUCGUCUCUGCUUCAAUUUCAUCUGGCCUUAGUUUGUUGUCGUUACCAAAAUGUGGAUUUCCCUGAAGAUGUUAUAUGGUUCUGUAGGAUCAUCAUGUAGGAUGUUUCUGCAGAUGAAUGAAUUCGACCCUCAUGAUUUGGUAUUUUGAAAAUUUGGAAGGGAAGAAUUGCUUCAUCUAUUGUGUAGGAUAUUUAAGCCUAUAAUUUGUAUUGGCUUGCUCAGUAAUGUACAGAACUACAAAUUUUAGACUUCUGUUUUAAUUAGUUUUUCCUCAGUAUGAUAAUGAAGAGCAGUGUUUUGGCUGGA